AAACAAGACUGAAGAAAACAAUUUAUUAAACGGACUGUUUAAAGAGACUGGAACUGAAAGGCUAAGAUGACUCGUCACGCAAGAAACAGUACAGCAGGAACUGUUUACACCUACCAUGAGCGUAAGAAAGAUACAAACGCUUCCGGUUAUGGAAGCAAAGAGGUUCGAUUCGGCAAAGAUUCUGUUAAAGAAUUUGAUUGCUGUUGUUUGACUUUACAACCCUGCAAAAAUCCAGUUGUUACGCCACAAGGGUAUUUGUAUGAUAAGGAAGCCAUCUUGGAAUACAUCAUUCAUAAGAAAAGGGAAAUUGCAAGGCAGAUGAAAGCGUUUGAGAAACAGAAAGAGAAAGCACAAAAGGAUGACCAAAGCCUAAUUGAUGCAGAAACUGCUAAGAACACACAGAAAUUCAUAGAUAGAGAAACCAAUCCGAUCGUUGGAGUCGGUAAUAAAAGCGAAGAAAGUAAACCAAGUACUAGCAGUCUGUGUAAUAUGAAAAAUGGCAAAGAGAAAGUAUUACCCAGUUUCUGGAUACCAAAUCUCACGCCGUCUGCUGAACCUACAAAGGUUAAAAAACCAGACGAAAAGGUCAGAUGUCCGAUGAGUGAAAAGCCAAUCAAAAUGAAGGAUUUGAUACCUGUUAAAUUUACAGAAAUUAAAGAUGGCGACACCAAAACAGCAUUGAUUACAAAAACUGCACGAUAUGUGUGCGCGGUCACUAAUGAUGUAUUGGGAAAUUCGGUUCCAUGUGCUGUUUUAAGACCAUCAGGAUGUGUAGUGACAGUGGACUGUGUUGAAAAGCUCAUCAGAAAAGACAUGUUGGAUCCCAUCAAUGGUGAAAAGCUUCAAGAUAAAGAUAUUAUUUAUUUACAGAGGGGAGCUUCUGGUUUCUCUGGGUCUGGAGUUGGGCUAGAGGCUAAGUUAGAUGGUGCAGCGAUACAGUGUUAAUACUGGUGUAAUGACAGUAGCAAAGAUAAUCAUGUACAUUGGGUGUGAUCUGAAGUAAAUCAGGUUAGAUAAGUAAUAAGUAUGUGUACAAUUAGUCUACUGCAAAAUAACAUUGACUGUUUGUGUUUUGAAUAGUCCUUGGAAGUCCAUCAAUAUCUUUCUUUGAUUAUUCUGUGUGUUCAGGUUUUAAAAUGUCUCUGGAUGUUUUCCUCACCCAUCAUGAAACUACUAGUAAAUAUUCCUAGUUUGUUUUGUAAAUAGUAUCUUUAUGUAAAUAUAAUGUUCAUUUAUUUU